AUGAAGGUGGUGGUGCGGGGAGCCAGGAGGCGAUCGGCCGGCGAGGCAAUCCCUCGGGCAGAAGAGGAGCCGUCCGGAUCCUCUGGGCAAGUUGCCGACGGACAUGCGGCCUUUGAGGUUGACGGACUGCGACCCGAGGACGAGAUCUUCGCGCGCCUGGGUGAAGCUGGCUGCGAGCCCCCCUCGUGCUUCACGCACCGCGGCAGGAAGCUCGGGGCGGAAAUCCCUGCCGCCCUGCCCGUGGAAGUGGCACCGAGGGGGACCAAGCCGGCCCUGGGCGACGAAGGGCUGCGCAUGCCGUGCGACGCCACCUUUCUGAGGUUCUAUAACGACGUGCUCAAGUCGCGGGGACUGGGAAACCGCAGCCGGCCCUGGACCACGGUUCGACUGGACCACGAUGAAAACUGUGCCGUUUUUGAAUGUGGGCUGAGGGUGGAAUUCAGGAGGGCCCUGAGGGUGGAUGGCGGCGAUUUGAGGGGAGCGUAUCAGAGGGGGCUGGGCGUCCUUCCCCUGUGCCGGGCGCACGACUUCAGGGAGGGGCUCCCGGUGGGCUGGCGGCGGCGGGGGGGAGCGUUCGCGGCCCUGCGGCAGCGGGAGGCCAUGUGGGUCAACUUCGACUGCCGCUUCAGCGGGAGCGGGGGCUGCGCGGUGAAGGUGCGGGUCGGGAACACCAACGCAGUGUCGGGCAGACCGUGGGAAGGCGGGCUGAACUCCGACCCUCUUGAUCACAUCGUGUGCCCAAACCACGCUUGGCUUGCCGGCAUCAACGACGGCAACGGUGGCAUGCGGCAGUUCGGGCCAAUGCCGCUCAACAGCGGCGGCUGCGGCAGCCUUGCGGAUCCAUGGCGAGAGAGCCACACGGUCAUCACGCUGGAGGUGUAUCCCCCGCUGCGUUCGGACGUCAAAUUCUUGGCGGCGGACGUCAGUGGGACUGAGGCAGGGGAGGGGCGACGGGACGGCGACGCGUCGGUUGCUAACGGCGGGCCCCAAGCGACUCCGUGGCGCGAGGAAACUUUUGGGGACGGUGGGAGAGACGAGGGGGAGUGCAAGAGUGUUUGCAUGCAUCAUGGCCGCGGGUGCGCAUGCAUGCAUGGUGGCUGCGAGGGCACACGCAUGCAAGCAGCCGUGUGCGGGGGGCCCGACCGCGGCGCGGCGGCGGCGCAGGGCGCCUGCCUGUCGCCUUCGGAGAUGAGCGUAUCGCCUACAGGCUCUGGAAACGGGGCGCUCAGCCGGGCGGAUGGGGCGGAAGGGGUUGAUGAAUUGGAUUCGACGAUGCAGGCGCCUGGACCCGUGGCUUGCGUCAGUGGGCCAAAGCACGCACCAAUCGAUCCCGGGGCACGGCCACGAUCGGCAGCUGGCGAGUUCAGUUUUGACCCCGAGACGACGCCGGAAGAGUGCGGCCUGCGCCCCGGAGACGUGGUGUGGAUGGAGGCGGUGGCUCUGGGCACCCGACCCCUGUUGGUUUCCGACGUGGCCGGCACCUCCAGCCCUGAUGUCGAGCUGACCGCGCGCUACCCGUUCGGCGUCUGCGUCCGCACGCUCGUCGGCGCGGACGUGCCUCUCACUGUGUGCUGGGCCACCACGGGCGGCGACCUGAAGCUCAUGAUCGAGGAUUGCGUGGGGGUGCCCCCGGUUCAGCAAGGGCUGACAUUUGCGGGCCGGAGGCUGCAGGAUGAGGCGCCAAUCGGCGAUCAGGGCGUGGGCGAGGGGGCCGUGAUACACCUCGUUUCUCACGUGCGCGGGUCGGACGUUUUUGAGCAGUCGGUGGAGGGCAAGCUGCUGCGGCUGUGCGACGCGCCGCAGGGCCACAGGUCGGCCAGCAUGGCCGACUGUCCGCGGCCCUCGCACUGGGACCUCGAUGCCAAACAGUGCCUGCGGCUGGCGAUCUUGACAACCGCGGACUUCAGGGCGGUCACGGGGCAGGACCCCCCGCCCACGCCGGUGUCCGCCCUCACCUACCACUCCCACGGCGUUCCCUGGCGCGACUGCUACGACGCGCCCGCGCCCGCCAUCGAUCGCGCCAAGAUCCUGGUCGAUCUGGCCGCAUCGGCGUCCUUCCACGUCGAACGGGAGGACAUCAUGGAGGAGCGGACCUGCCCCGUGUGCAGGUACAACGCCUGCAACGCCGAGCUGGUGCCAUGCGGCCACGGAUUCUGCGCGGAUUGCGCGGAGGCCGUCGCGGACAUCCGGCCAAUCAAGUGCCCGGUGUGCCGUGGGCGAUUCACCAGGAUCGCGGAUUGGUCCCAGGCGCUGGGGGAGGCCGAUGCGGCGAUGGAGGCCGACGACUGCGCGGUGGCCUGCCUGCACACGGAGUCGGCGGAGGGCGUGGGAGGGAGGGAGGUCAGGCCGGACGGCGAGCUGUCGGUGUUCUGCGACGACUGGCUGAGCUGCUUGCUGGCGAGGGACUGUCCUAGGUGGAGGAGUGGGGAGGACGGGGGGUCGGGCUGGCCCUCGUCGCAGUGA